AUCAGACCACCCUGCUAUUUGCCUUGCCUCUGCUAUAAUUACUGCUACUGCUACUACUGCUCCUAUCUCUGCUGCUUCUCCUAUUGCUUUAAGAGCAAAGCCUGCUUGGUCAUGGCCGCGGACUUGGACCCAGACUACUAUGCCUCCUUUAUCGAGUCUAUGCAAGACCACGCCACACCCAGUCUAACGGCCUCUUCCAACGGCAGUCCUCACUCUCUCGACUCACACGAGUUGUUUCCCGCUGAAUGGCUCAAUUGGCAGGAUAUCGCACAGCCAAACGCAGUCAUCCAGCCGGAACUCCUUUCUCUUGGCAAGCGCAAGUUAUCUGUGUCUGACUUGGAUGCCCCAGAACAAGAGGGUCCAAUCGAACAACCACGCGGUAAGCAAGGAAAGACAUCACAUAAUGUCAUUGAGAAGCGAUACCGCAGUAACCUCAACGACAAGAUCCUCGAUCUACGCGAUGCAGUACCGCAUCUUCAUCAAGAAGCGGUACAGGACCCAACCAUCAAGCAGCCGAAAGGUCGAAUCAUUGCUUGUGCAACCGCCUACAUCAAACAGCUCGAAGCAACCAACAAACAACUAGCAGAGCAAAACAUACAAUUGACUAAAGUCGUCACGCGCAGGCCAUCGACAGGUGACAGGGUCGGCAAAUUGGCAUUGGGCGCACUAGCCGGGGUUGCUGCUCUGUCGGGGUUGCAAGAACAUGAUGGAUCGAGCCGCACGACCCAUGCACUCGGCGCCAUUCCUAUAUUCGGACCAACCAUGAAAGUGGCCCAAGUCAUGCUACUGGCUGGAGCCCUCUGGUAUAUCCUCAGUGCCGUCUUGCCACAGCGCAGAAAACCAGUUGUGCAACACACGUCUCUGCGAGCUACUUUUACAAAUGCGGAAGAAGCGCUUGGACUUGGUAACGGCCUUGCGCUCAUGGCAGUACUCGUUGCCUGGGUGCAAGCACUCUUGAACUCUACAUCGGUACACGUCAAAGCGCUCUGUGAGGCGCAAGUUCUCGGUGCUGAUGUUCAAGUGUCAAGACUACGCAUUCUGCUUUUCGCUAUGCUUGGCAAGCAAUCUGUCGAGGUGCGCAUUAUGCAACUCGUGUUGUUGACGCGGGGGAUUCUCUCACCGACAACUGUGCGUCGCUUGGUUGGUCACUUGUACCCGGCUUCGCCAAUUCUCUCUUACGACAAGUUGCUCAGUGAUGCAAUGCAAGGUGAAAUAGCACGACUAGCCCACGGCUUACCAAGUGUCGGCUCGCGUGCAGUGUCACAAGCAGAGUGCUCUACCCCUGCGGAAGCGCUCAUCACCAUGUAUGCCGCUUUAACACUUGAUAAGGUUUGCAAGAAGUGUUUGCUGGAGCGAACCAAUAAACUGCCAAAGGAAAUCUCUGCACUGCUUGCGUUACCACAGCCUUCAGACUCCACCUUACGGUUACGCAUCUUAUUGCUACGAGCAAUCCUUGACACAGACCAUUUUGGAGAAGCAGCCGAUGCUAUACGUACUGCAACACAAGAAAUGGCAGCCUCACAACUCAACCUCUUUCGAUGCGCAACCAUCCUCAAAUUCAACAAGUCCAACCUGCUUCUUCAGCGUCAGACUGUUUCGACAGACUCCCUUGAGCUGCUCGCGUACUUCCGCGUCGCUGAACAAGUCUCAACUUGGUCGUGUGCGGACCGUCGACACAAGAUUUACAUGGUCGUUAGGAUCUGGGCGCAUCGUUGGGCAACUGAGGGAACGAAUGAGGUCGAGGUGGAUGCUGCAAAGGCUCUGGGCAAAUUAUGUGUGUCGCGCAUUGCUGGGUUGUUUACAGCGGAUGAUAGUGCGUAUGAGACGACGUGAUGAUUUGUAGCGAAUGUAAUGAAUGAAUAUGGAUCUCGAAACGAGAACAAAGCUAGUGCAAAGACAUGGUAUCAUUGCAUAAUUAUAAUUGUAUGUACAUCUUCUA